GCGCUGUGCCGGUGGGUACCGGGCAGUGUGCGUGUGAUCUCCGCAUCAGUCCGGGUCAGGCUGCCCCUGAGCAGGGUUACACGAGCCCUGCUGCUGCUGUGGCCUAGCAGAUGGAGCGUACCUUUGCCCUGCAUUGGGGGCCGGCAGCGCCGAACAUGCAGCCCACUACUGAUGGCAGUAACUCACUGAUUGUAACUGAGCGCGGAGACACGCAGAAUGAAGCUUAAAGAGAUUGAUCGUACUGCAAUGCAGGCCUGGAGCCCCUCCCAGCAGCAUCCAAUAUACCUAGCAACAGGAACAUCUGCUCAGCAGCUAGAUGCUACAUUCAGCACAAGUGCCUCCUUGGAGAUCUUUGAACUAGAUUGGGAUGAUCCCUCACUGGACAUGAAGUCAUGUGCUACAGUUGAAUCCUCUCACAGGUUCCAUAAGCUAAUUUGGGGGCCACACAGAAUGGACUCGGACAGCAGUGUUUCAGGCAUUUUAAUAGCUGGAGGCGAAAAUGGAAAUGUCAUUCUUUACGACCAAGCUAAGAUUUUGGCUGGUGAUAAUGAUGUAGUGAUCACUCAACAGGAUAAACAUACUGGACCAGUAAGAGCUUUGGAUGUGAACACAUUUCAGACAAAUCUCGUAGCUUCUGGUGCUAAUGAGUCUGAGAUUUACAUCUGGGAUUUGAAUAACUUUGCUGUUCCCAUGACACCCGGCGCCAAAUCUCAGCCUCUAGAAGAUAUCAGCUGUAUUGCAUGGAACAGGCAAGUUCAGCACAUCCUGGCUUCCACCAGCCCAAGUGGUCGGGCCACUGUCUGGGACCUCCGAAAAAAUGAGCCUAUUCUAAAAGUCAGCGACCACAGCAACAGGAUGCAUUGUUCUGGAAUGGCUUGGCACCCUGAUGUUGCUACCCAAAUGGUCUUGUCUUCAGAGGAUGACCGGCUCCCUGUAAUACAAAUGUGGGAUCUUCGUUUUGCCUCUUCUCCGCUGCGUGUUAUGGAAAAUCAUACAAGGGGCAUUUUGGCUAUUGCUUGGAGUGCUGCGGACCCAGAAUUACUUCUGAGCUCUGGAAAGGAUUCAAAAAUACUGUGUUCAAAUCCGAACACUGGAGAGGUUUUAUAUGAGUUGCCAACAAACACUCAGUGGUGCUUUGACAUCCAGUGGUGCCCUCGGAACCCAGCUGUUCUCUCCACUGCCUCUUUUGAUGGACGUAUUAGCAUUUACUCCAUUAUGGGAGGAAGUAAUGACAACCUCAGCCAGGUGCAGGCAGAUAAGCUGUCUUCAUCUUUUGGGAACAUGGACCCAUUUGGCACCGGACAACCGCUUCCUCCUUUGCAGCUCCCCCAACAGCCCACACAGCAGAGUACGGUUCUUCCUUUGAAAAAACCUCCAAAGUGGCUGCGUCGGCCUGUUGGAGCCUCCUUUUCUUUUGGGGGGAAGUUGGUAACUUUUGAGGCAGAGAAGACUCAACCAACACAACAGCAUCCACAAGCACCCCAGCACUUCCAUGUGUAUAUCAGUCAGGUGGUCACAGAGGAGGAGUUCCUGAACCGCUCUAACAAACUCCAGGAUGUGGUGGGCACAGGGGCAUUCUUCGAAUACUGCCAGAAGAAAAUCGAUGAGGCCAAGAGUGACUUUGAGAAAAAUGUGUGGUCCUUCCUAAAGGUAAAUUUUGAAGAUGAUUCUCGGGGCAAGUAUCUGGAGCUCUUGGGAUUCAGAAAGGAGGAUCUCGGUGCAAAGAUUGCAUCAGUUCUGAGCCACGAAGAUGGAAAAGAUCAGGCUGCAAAAGAAUCAGACCGAACUGUAGAGAGUUAUGAGGAAGAGGGUGAGCCUGCAGAAGAGCUGAUCUUGGGGGAGAAUCUAAAUGUGGAUAAAAGAGAGGGUGGUGAUGCUGUGCCGCCAGGUGAAACAUUUAAUAUAUCAGUGAGCGGAGAUGUAGAUGGACUUAUUACUCAAGCACUGCUGACUGGUAACUUUGAAAGUGCAGUUGAUCUUUGUUUGCAUGAUAAUCGCAUGGCAGAUGCGAUAAUACUGGCCAUUGCUGGUGGACCUGAUUUACUGGCUAGGACUCAAAAAAAGUACUUUGCUAAGACACAGAGCAAAAUAACAAGGCUGAUCACUGCUGUAGUAACCAAGAACUGGAGUGAGAUUGUUCAGUCAUGUGACCUGAAGAACUGGAGGGAAGCUUUGGCUGCAGUACUGACCUAUGCAAAGCCUGAAGAAUUUGCCUCUCUGUGUGAUCUGUUAGGCUCUAGACUUGAGAAUGAGGGUGACCUUUCCCUCCAGACACAAGCAUGUCUGUGCUACAUCUGUGCAGGAAAUGUAGAGAAAUUAGUGGCCUGCUGGACCAAAGCCCAGGAUGGAGCAAGCCCUCUCUCCUUGCAGGAUCUCAUAGAGAAGGUGGUUAUCCUACGUAAAGCAGUGCAGGUCACGCAAGCUGUGGAGACACAUGAUGUGGGAGCCCUGCUGGCGGAGAAGAUGAGUCAGUAUGCCAACUUGCUUGCUGCUCAGGGUAGCCUUGUAGCUGCUAUGGCCUUUUUGCCCAGUAACACCAACCAGCUGAACAUUGUGCAGUUGCGUGACAGAUUAUCUCGAGCGCAAGGAGAGAAUGCUCCUAGUAUUACAGCACCUCGUGGAGGACCAGCUGGUGUACCCCAGCCUAUGUCAGCACACAUGAAACCAACACCUGACAACCAGUACUACCCUCAGGCUAGAAUUGCCCCUACUGUCACUUCCUGGAGUAACAAAAACCCUACUGCCCUUGCCAGCUUUGCACCUGCUGACUCCUCCUUUGACACACAGAGAGAAAAUGCCCCACCAGCUGGCUUUAAUAUACCUGGUACCAUGUAUCCGUCUCCCCUAGGGGCUACAGGACCACCACCAGAUAUGACCAGCAAUCCUUAUAACAUGAGCUCACAGAUGGGUCCUCGGCAACCAUAUCCACAGAACUAUCCACAGUCACAACAGUAUUCUUAUGGUUCUGGGGGACAAGCUGUCUAUAAUCCCCAAGCAUCAACCUCAGUACCUUCUGCCUCCCCCUACCAUACCUCUCCUUAUGCCUCGUCUUCCCACUCUGCUCCUCAGCCUCACUAUUCUAUGCAACCUCAGUCCUCUCAAGUGUCAUCGUCUUCUCCUUCUUCCACUUUCCCUCCUCCUGGAGCAUCCUUCCAGCAUGGCGGACCUGGAGCUCCUGCUGCCUCUGCUCCUUAUGCAAUGCCUCCUCCUGGACCUACAGGUACUCUGCCUGCUGCCAGUGAACUGCCUGCAUCCCAAAGAACAGAAUUUUCCUUUGUUCAAGAUAUGACAACUUACCUGCAAGGGCCUCAGAAUGGAUGGAAUGAUCCGCCUGCGCUCAGCAGGAAUUCAAAGAAAAAGGUUUUAGAAAACUAUAUGCCCCCACCUCCGAUCACAGCUCCCAUAAUGAACCCUUUGGCAGACCCACAGUCCCAGCAGCAACAAGUCCCGGUGUCUGGAGCUCCUGUCACAUCAGUACCAUUUCAACCCUCUCAAAUACCCCUUGGGCAGCCAGAUUUACAGAACACAUUCCCAAACAUGCCACCUCACAUGGGACAACCUGGUGUGCACCUUGGUUCCUCAAAGCCUAAUACUGAAGGUGCUCCAGGUGCACCAAUUGGCAACACUAUACAGACCAUGCACACGCUGCCCGCUGAGAAAAUCAGUAAGAACCCCAUUCCUGAGGAGCACCUUAUCCUGAAGACCACGUUUGAGGCACUGAUUCAGAGAUGUUUGUCUUCUGCCAUCGACCCCCAAACCAAAAGAAAGUUGGACGAUGCUAAUAAGAGGCUGGAGUCCCUAUAUGACAAACUAAGGGAGCAAACGCUAUCCCCUGCAAUAAUUGCAGGUUUGCACAACAUUGCCAGAAGUAUUGAGUCUCGGAACUAUAUGGAAGGGCUGAACAUGCAUACUCACAUAGUUAGCACCAGUAAUUUUAGUGAGACCUCUGCCUUUAUGCCGGUACUCAAAGUAGUCCUUACCCAGGCCAACAAACUUGGUGUGUGAGUUCUUUUCUCAUAAACUUCUUCUUGAAGGGGAAAACCAAGUUUCUACCCCGUGCAAUGGAUGAUGGAUCAUGGACUAGCAUGGUUUUAGAAUUUCCAGAACUGAAGACCAACUGACUCCAGAAACAAUUUUUAAACUUUAUUUUUUAUUCAAUUUUUUUUUUUUUUUUUAAAGCUCUAUUUCUCCAAAUAUUAAUGUAUUUCAUGGAUUAUUCACAGCAUGUCAUUAUUCAGGUUUCUACAAUCAUGAUAUUGAAUAUCUGACCAGGGCUUUUAUAUUUUAAUGGUUCACAUUUCAGAAAGAUUUGGUUGCCAAAUUAUAUCAUCUAGAAUAAAGUAUGUGGUCCAAAAUCAUAAA